ACAGGAGAUGCUUUAAAGAAUGGAGUUGGCUUGCAGCUUGCUAUUUAAUGAAGAGGUUUAUCAUCAACUGGGUGAAUUUCAUAAAGCAGAAUUUGCUUUGGAAUGGCUGAGGUUUUUGGAAAAACUUUUACCAGCAACACAUCAGGCUGAUAUAAGAGAAAAACAGAACAAACUUGUUGAGCAACUGAUAUCCUUAUUAACCAGUGCACCAGGACCUCCUGCUAGACAACUCAUUGCCAAGAACCUCGCUAUAUUGUAUAGCACAGGAGAUGUUUUUUCUGUUCACCAAACAAUUGACAAAUGCAACGAACUUAUUCUCAGUAAAGAUGAUUCACCAAGCUAUCUACCUACUAAACUUGCUGCAGUGGUUUGUUUGGGCUAUUUAUACAAAAAACUGGGAAGAAUUUUGGGCAACAGCUUUGUGAAUACUGUGGGAAAUAUUCUUAAAGCAAUGAAGAAUGCAGAGUCUCAAGGACGAUACGAGAUCAUGCUAAGUUUGCAGAACAUACUGAAAGGGUUGGGAGCUGCUGCUGUUCCUUGUCACAGAGAUAUCUACAAAGCUGCUCGUACAUGUUUGACAGAUAGAUCAAUGGCAGUUCGUUGUGCUGCUGCAAAGUGUCUUCUUGAACUUCAGAUUGAAGCAACUUUUAUGUGGAGUACAGACAUUGAUAGUGUAGUAACUCUAUGUUUUAAAUCCUUUGAAGGAUCCAACUAUGAAGUGCGAAUGGCCGUUUCUAAGCUUUUAGGCUAUGUAUUGAUUAGUGCUAUAACAUCAAAACAAGCCACAGCAUCUGCUAGACAACAUGCUCACAAAAUCUCAUUUAUGGAAGCUUUGGAACUGCUAGGGACAGGUUUUCUCCGUGGAAGUUCUGGAUUUCUACGAACCGGUGGUGAUAUUUUGAAAGGAACCAGCUCAGUCAGCAGGGAUGUCAGAGUGGGAGUUACUCAGGCAUAUGUGGUAUUCAUUUCCACAUUAGGAGGAGAAUGGCUUGAAAGAAAUUUUUGUGCUUUGCUUUCCCACAUUCUCGAUCUGGUCUCUCAGUCUCACCCUAAGGCUAUUCAGACACAAAUGGACAGUAUUUGUAGCCGCCGUUGUAUUUCAUUUAUUCUCCGAGCUACAGUAGGAGGCCUUCUUGGGGAAAAAGCUCGAAUUGCAACUGCCAAGGAGAUUUGUCAAGCCAUCUGGAAACUGAAGAAAGUUAUGGAUGCUGCAGUGAGUAACUGUAAUGUCGAAACCCAUAUUGGUACAACAGAGGUAAUAGCAAGCCAGCAUAUGUUAAUAUGUGCUCUAGAAGAGCUUGGAAACCUCAUACUUGGCUUAGGUACUACUGCUGCACCUGUUCUGCAAGAUUCUAGUACAGGAGUCCUGGAUGCAGUAAUCUCCAUUAUCCUUCAUCCCUGCAUUUCAGUUCAGCUAGCAGCAGCAUGGUGCUUACGAUGUAUUGCUGUAGCAUUACCCUGCUAUCUCUCUCCACUUCUGGAUACCUGUAUUGAACGCCUGACAGCAAUGAAAUCCUCCCCAGAAGCAGUGACUGGCUAUAGUUUUGCCAUUGCUGCUUUAUUAGGAGCUGUCAGAGAAUGUCCUUUAGGAAUUCCACACGGCAAAGGAAAGGUUGUCAUGAUGGUAGCUGAGGAUCUUUUGCGUUCGGCUUCUCAGAAUAGUCGGAUUUCAGUACAAAGAAUGCAGUCAGGUUGGCUUUUGAUAGCUGCUUUAAUGACAUUAGGUCCUGCCGUGGUCCAGCAUCAUCUUCCUAGAGUGCUGUUAUUAUGGAAAUGUGCAUUUCCGGUAUGUCCUAAAGAUUUAGAAACUGAGAAGAAACGUGGUGAUUCAUUUACAUGGCAAGUGACACUGGAAAGCCGAGCAGGUGCUCUCUGUGCUAUCAAAAGCUUUAUUCUCUAUUGUGGAGGACUCCUUACAGACGAAGUGAUUCAAAGACUGCUUCCUCCUGUCCCAUGUGCUGUUGAUUUACUGACCCAGCUUCCUUCACUAAAUAAAAUGUAUGGCAGUGCUUUAAAACUAUCAUCAGUGACAUAUAGGAAAAGACUUUAUGAACUGCUUGCUUUGUUGCCUCCCAAGAGUUAUGAAGGAAGUUUAUCUGCUGUUCUUAAAGAACUAGUGCAAGACUUGACUCAACUCGAUAAUCAGGCAGCUGCCUCUGCUGCGUAUCUUCCGCCCUUUUCCCACCACUGCGAACUUGCCUUAUUUGAUCCCUUCCUGCAGGAGACAGAACACAGAUUUAUCGAAGAGCAGGUAUCAUAUUUUAGUGACUACGCACAUAAAGGAGAAAAAGCACGUCCUAUAAUGGCAAUUGCAUUUCUUCUGUCUUUGCAGUUAUUCUUAGUUAACAACACAGCCGGGGGAAGCUUGGAGUUUGACCCAUUUGCAAUCUAUGAGAAGGCUGCACAUGGAGAUUCAGUGCCUAAGCCUUUGUCUCCAACUUCAUCCAUUGUCAGUGCAGCAACCCGUCUCUUUGGAGUGAUAUUUUCACAAGCAACAGAGACCCAAAGGCUGCAAGUGCUGGAACAGUUAUUGGCAUCCAUAAAACAAACCAAAGGAUCACGGCAGCAGAUAAUACAGCAAAAUAUUAUAUCAGCAAUUUGCAGUGCCCUAAAGCACUUGGCUAGCCAUAAGGGAAAUUUAGGUUAUGAAGAAAUCCAAAGCUGCACCUUGAGCUUGAUCCUAAGUGCCUUGGAAAGUAGCAGUCCACUUCUAAGAUGUUCUGCUGUUGAAGCCCUAGCCAGACUUGCACAGGUGGUAGCUGAUAAUACCUUCACUGCUGGAUUGGCACAAAUUAGCUUUGACAAGCUAAAAUCUGCAAGAGAUGUGAUAUCAAGAACAGGACAUUCUUUGGCUCUGGGUUCUCUUAAUAAGUACACAGGAGGAAUUAGUUCCACUCAUCAUCUUACUGCAUGUGUUGGAAUACUUUCUACCUUAUCUCAGGAUAACACUUCACCUGAAGUACAGACGUGGGCAAUACAUUCUCUGUCACUGAUCAUUGAUUCUGCUGGUCCUUUAUAUCAUGUGCAUGUGGAACCUACCCUCUCUCUUGUUCUUAUGUUGUUGUUGACUGUGCCUCCUGCUUAUACUGAAGUCCAUCAAAGCCUUGGUCGCUGUUUAAAUGCACUUAUAGCCGCUUUGGGUCCUGAGUUACAAGGCAGCAGUGCUGCAGUCUCAGCCUUAAGGGCAUCCUGUCUCCUUGGCUGCGCAGUGAUGCAGGAUAAUCCUGAUUGCCUCGUCCAGGCUCAAGCUAUCUCUUGCCUUCAGCAGCUUCACAUGUUUGCUCCUCAUCAUGUAAACCUGUCUAGUCUUGUCAAGUGCCUUUGUGAGAUCUUGUUGGAAAAUUCUGUGUUGGUGAAUCUCUCUAGUUCGUAUCUAUUAUUGAGACGUGCGGUUCUAGCUUGUUUGCAUCAGCUUGUGCAGAGAGAGGCAGUUGAAGUAUCUGAACAUGCAGUGGCCCUUGCUAAAGAUGAUAAUGAAGACUUUACUCCAGGUGUUAAUAUAGGUGAAAUAGGCCUUGAAGGAGCUUUGCUGAGCUUGUUGGACAAAGAAUUGGACCCAAAACUGUGCCAAGAUAUCAGAGAAACCCUGACCCAUAUGCUUAUAUCAAUGGCUGUUGGAAAACUCUCUUUUUGGCUGAAACUCUGCAAAGAUGUUCUGGCUGCUUCUGCUGAUUUUACAACUAUGGCUUCAGUGGAUACAAGCCAAGAAGAAGAGGGUACUCAAAUAGAUGAUGAAUUGGCAUUAACUUUGACAAAGAAGGAUAAAUCACACCCAUUCCCACAUCCCCGAUGGUCUACGAGAGUAUUUGCUGCAGAAUGUGUUUGUAAAAUUAUCACCCAGUGUGAGAAUGCGGGCAGUGCUCAUUUUGACAUAGCUCUAGCACAGGAAAUGAAACAAAGGGACUCAAGAGAUGAUUUCUUGGUACUAUAUUUAGCUGACUUAAUUCGUAUGGCUUUUAUGGCUGCCACUGAUCACAGCAACCAACUUCGUCUUUCCGGACUUCAGAUGUUGUUAAUUCUUAUUCGAAAAUUUGCUGCUGUAGUAGAGCCAGAAUUCCCAGGUCAUGUAAUACUGGAGCAAUACCAAGCCAAUGUUGGUGCUGCUCUUAGACCAGCCUUUACCCCAGAAACACCACCUGAUGUAACAGCAAAAGCAUGUCAGGUUUGCAGUGCUUGGAUAGCAAGUGGUGUGGUAAAUGAUCUUAAUGACCUUCAAAGAGUUCAUCAUUUGCUUGUGACAUCCUUGACAAAAGUACAGGCUGGAAAAGAAGCACAAAAUCAACUAUACAAUGAAGGGACAUCUACUAUGGAAAUACUCGCUGUACUAAAAGCUUGGGCAGAGGUUUAUAUAGUUGCCUUACAAAGACAGAAGAAACAAAAUGACACCAAUAGUCCACCCUUGGUUAAAAACAUUUCAGAGGACAGUUUCUGGGAUCCAUCCUCUUCAGUGGAUGAACUUCUGGAUUUAGUCCAAGUGGAUCUAGGGAAUCUGAGCAAACUCUGGCUUGCUGCACUUCAGGAUUUUGCUCUCUUAACUUUGCCUUCAGAAUUUGCUUCUCAACUUCCCUCUGAAGGUGGUGCUUUCUAUACUGCAGAAACAAUUGAAAAUGCAAGACCGCAUUAUCAAAAUGCCUGGGCUCAGAUUCUUCACGCUACUGCAUUGUGGCUUACUAGCACUGGUUUUCUGGUUGGUGAUUCAGAUGAAGGUCUAACUAAUCUUUCACGACCUGUUACUCCAACUAGUAUGUGUCAAGAUUCAACCUCUAGGGCUGCGGUAAAAUCACCUGAAGAUGUGAAUACUGAUAGAUUUCAUCUUGUUCUGGGAAUUAGUGUGGAAUUUCUCUGUUCUCCCCGGUCAGAUGAAGCGAUGGAGAACAUUACCGCUUGUUUAGAUGCCUUGCGGGUCCUGCUUGAGGUUCCCUGGCCAAGAUCAAAGAUUGGGAGUGAUCAGGAACUGAGUGUGGAGUUGUUGAAUGUUUUACAUCGACUUCUACUGACCAGAGAGACCCCAGACAUUCAACUAGCUGCUCUAGAAGUUGUCCAGCAGGUUCUUUUCGCAGCACAGGAGCAUGUCAAGGAAAAACGGAGAAGUGCAGAAGUUGAUGAUGGGGCUGAAGAAAAGGAGACAUUGCCAGAGUUUGGAGAAGGCAAAGAUACCGGAGGACUUAUACCUGGAAAGUCUUUGGUCUUUGCAACACUAGAAAUGUGUGUGUGUAUUCUUGUAAGGCAGCUACCUCAGCUAAACCUGAAGAUAACAGGUAGCCCUGGAAUUACAGCUGGAAAGCCUCAGUUGUUAUCAGCAGACGGAAACAGACUGGUAGCAGCAGCCCUGGGAAUCCUCUCUGGUGUUCCUGCAGUCUGUUCACCAGAAGGAAGCAUUGCUGUUCUUCCUACAAUCUUAUAUUUGAUUAUUGGAGUCCUCAGAGAAACUGCUGUGAAGUUACCCAGUGGCCACUUACCCAUGACUGUUGCUGCAUCACUGCAAGCUCUUAAAGGAGUCCUGUCAUCACCCAUGGCUCGGGCAGAGAAGAGCCAAAUGGCUUGGAAUGAAUUGCUCCGUAGUGCUCUGGUCACCAUUCUUAAUUUUUGGGAUCAAGAUGAUGCUGGUCAAGAAUUGGAUGAAAGUAGUCUGCUGACUGCGAUCACUGUAUUUAUUUUGUCUGCAAGUCCAGAAGUUAGCACCAUGGAAUGUCUUCAGAGACAGUGCAUUGAUAAGUUUAAAUCAGCUAUGGAAUCUAAAGAUCCCAUUGUACAACUUAAAUGCUACCAGCUGCUCCUUUCCAUUUUCCAGUGUCCCAAUCAAACUGUUUCAUAUCCUUACAUUCAUUCAUUAAUAUCUUCAGUAGUGGCCAAACUACAAGAAACAGAAAAAAUUAAACCAGAGAAUUCUGCCGAACUUCAAGUUGUUCAAGAAGGAAUAAAGGUAGUGGCUGCUGUUAUAGCCCUAGCCGAGGAAGAGCAUCGAAGUCAGCUAGUGGCUUGUUUUAUUCCCAUCCUCAUAUCUUUUCUUUUGGAUGAAAACGCCCUAGGAUCAGUUUCAAGUUCAGCAAAGUAUCUUCAUGAGUUUGCUUUGCAUUAUCUGAUGCAGAUUGGUCCACAAUAUACGUCAGCCUUUAAAAAAUCAAUGGCUUCUUCCCCAUCAAUGAAAGCAAGACUUGAGUCAGCAGUGAAAGGAAAUCAAGAAAGCAUCAAGGAUAAGUCAACAUCUAAGCAUCCAAAGAAUCCUGGGAAAGGCUCAAGUAUUCAACUAAAGACUAACUUUCUAUGAAAAGGACUUCUAAAUCUUAAGCACCCUGGUUAUAUUGAAAAGUGUUUUGUUUCUCCCAGGUAUUAUCAUGGAGAUUUUUGUUUUCAGUUCUGUUAUGCAUUAUUUAAUUUUGUAUAAUGCUCCAAUUCCAGAGAAGUGCACGCAUGCACCCAUCUAUCUAUUUUUCAGCUGACUGACUCAGUACCUGCUACGCCUUUUACUGCUAAAGCUACUGAACUAAAGCUAUAGUACCAGUUACCAUAUCUGUUUGCAAAUACAAUUCCAAUAAGAAGAUGGCCAUUCAGUUGUUAAAAAGUAUAUUACAGGAUUUUUUUUAAAAAGUUGCAAUUUUCUUAAUUUUAUUUGGAACAUACAACAACACUCCUGAAUAAAAUAUAUUGAAGUCUUAAGUAAAUGUGUUAACAUCUUGAUACACUUAUAUUAAUAAAGCUACAUUUAUUUCAGUCUUGAAUCUUGGCACAAAUGCCAACCUAGGGAAGCUCCUAUGCAUUGCUAUUUCUUGAUAAUACAGGUAUUCCUCGAAUUAAAACCAUAAUUGGGACUGGAACUUUCCUCAUUAAGUGAUGAUGAUGUUAAAUGAGUCGUGCCUGACUUUACAACAUUUUUGCCUUGGUCGUUAAGUGAAUCAUCACAGUUGUUAAGCAAACCUGGCUUCCCCCCCUCCCCUCCCCCUGGUUGAUUUUGCUUGUUGGAAGCCCCUGGGAAGGUCAUAAAUGGAAAACAUGUAAGCCAUAAAUGCAACCAUUGUAAAUGCAUGCCCGUUGUCAAGCACCCAAAUUUUGAUCAGUGGGGACUCUGUGAUGGUCAUAAGUGUGAGGAUCAGUCGUAAAUCACUUUCAGCACUGUUGUAACUUUGAAUGGUUGCUAAACAGCAGUAAUAGCACUUAGACUUAUAUACCACUUCUUGGUGCUUUACAACCUAAGAGGUUUGUAAACCAACAAUCUGGGUCCUCAUUUUACCGACCUCAGAAAGAUGGAAGGCAGAGUCAACCUUGAGCCAGUCAGGACUGAACUCCUUGUGGUGAGCAGAGUCGGCCUGCAAUACUGCAUUCUAACCACUGCGCCAUCACGGCUUACAACCAAUAGCUUUAAGUCAAGGACUAACUAAUGAUUUUUGUGUGUGUUGUAAUUUGCUGGUAUGAAAUUUUAAACAAAAACCCAAAGGAACUACUUAGUGUAUAUUCACUUUUGGCUCCAUGAAGUGCAUUGCCUGUACAUUUUAGAUGACAAGUAGGGAAAAUUAUCUCUAAUGCUAGAAUUAAAAACACAAAGUACGUGGUUAGCUCUUUUAAUCUGGCUAGUUUAUUAAAAAUUGUUAAAAUGUUAAUUUUGCUGUCCCAUUUUAAUUGUAAAUUUAAUCCCAAAAUUAUUUACAGUUCUAUACAAUGUUAUGCUAAUUUAGACACGACCUAAUUAAGUAAAGACUAUUCUUGAAACCCAGAGAAACAUAAAAUUAGUGUUGAGUAACGUAAAUCCACUUUUUAAUAUUGAUAGUUUUACCAAUUAAUUGUGCAGCAAUUACACAUUUUAUGAUACAAAUUCACUCAUAAAUUCUGUAGUUUUGAAUAUUUUUAUAUCCAAAGUUAAGCACAUCUGGUUAUGAUUAUAUCAAUAGGGCUUUUUAUUACCAAUACAUUUUAUUUGAUUUUAAUUGUAUCCUGCCAAGCAGAUCAUUGAGGCUUACAUAUCUUUUUAGAGCAUGAAAAUGAUUUGAGGCAGUACCAUCAUAUGAGGAAUUACAUUAUUUAUUGUAAUCGUUUUAUAGUCUUGAAACAUUGAUGUACAAUCAUGCAUUCAAAUAUCAAAGAUUCUAAUGGGAAUGGAUUACUAUUUCAAAAGUGAGUUUUAUCUGAACUGAAUUGCAGUUUGAAUUAUAAGAAUAAAAAAUCUGGUAACAAAAUAUUUGCAAGCAACAACCAAGUUCAAAGAGCAUCAAGGAUUUCAUUUAUAAGCAAUCACAAUUACCUAAAAAUGGAACCUAUUUUAUAUAGAAAUCUACGUGUUAAUUCUACAACCAUUAUAGUAUUUUUUUAAAAUUAUGCUGGCAACUAUUGCCCUUUAAUUCAAUAUUAAGUGAAGUAAAGCAAAUGUUCAGAUGACCAUGAUAUUCCCAUUUAUUAAUUUGCGGAAAACAAAAGCAUCUGUAAAAUCAAUACUCAGGAAGUGAUUGUAUUUUAUUAUACAUUUUGUACAUAAAAUUGUAAAUUGUACAGAUCUAACCACUUGAGCAAAACUCAUGUCAUUUUUCUAAUUUACAUAAAAGCUAAUAUUCUUCAAUUAA